AGCAAGAUUCGUAACCCCCCCCCCCCAAUAAUUAGUUAGUUAGCUAGUUAGUGAAAUAAGCGUAUGUUAUAUGAUAGCUUUGUCACUCACCGUUGGAGGGACAAAAAUGACGAGCGGAGAUAUUGUUUAUGACAAGACCCACUUCAGACAUGACCCAAAAUGGAGCGGCCGCCUGGGGCCUGCGGAGGGUGGCGGACAGUUUGUCUGUGUGGCCUGCGUCAUUGAAAUGAUUGAGAGUGACGAUAUUGCGUCAGUGAGAAAGUCUUUUGCCUUGUCUGGUAUCAAUGGGUUACUGAAGUGCUGUCCGGGGGUUGUAAGAGAGCUUCUUCAUGUGGACCACAGAGUUUGUCUCCGUUUUGCAGCUGCUCUGCUUGGGAUGCUUCACACAGUGGAGGACUCAGACACUCUGGAAAAGGUUGACCAAGUGCUGGUUCAGCUGCUUCUAGAGCUCCAGAGUGAGCUGUCACUUCGCUUUGUUUUGGAUGAGAUACACAAACAGUUGAGCAACCAGCUCAGUGUGAAGGGCUUCCUGCCGACCUUCACCUUCUUGGGGAACCUCGUGGAAGCAGUCCCCGAUGUGGCCAAUAGCCUUGUGACUCAGUAUGUGCCCAUGCUGGAGCACCUGUGCUCAGCUAUGCUUUACCCAGAUGAUGCGCUGAAGGCCUCUGUCCUGUAUGCGUGGCUCAAACUGUUGGGGACAGCUGGGGCCUCGGCAAUGCAGUCCUUGCCAGUUGCCAUCAGGGACAGAGUGUGUGUCCUGCUACUGCAGACCUUGACCAGUGCCAUCUCCCCUCAACUCAUCACCAACUGCGUUGGCCUGCUGUGGCUGCUGCUGCAGCAGGGAGAUGCAGUGUCAGUUCUGAUGAACAGUCACAUCAUGUGCAGUGAGAGCCAGAACAGCCAGACGAUCAGCCAGAACCAAGAGCAACAGUCCCUUGACCAUUGCCCUCUGCCUCUCAUACUGAAAAAGUUGCUGCUGAGUGGCGAUGAGAUGUUGCAGACAGCCAGUGCAAAGUGUAUUGCAGCCAUCUUGGUUCAUUCUCCCAGUCAGCACAGCACUUCCUUCAUCAGGGCUGACGUUCCUGAGUUUCUCUUUGAACGUCUAGCCAGUAGUAGAAGUGAGGUGCUGCUGUGGUCGGUCUACAGCUGUUUGUUGUUACUGAUUGAGGACCCACUCUUCUUCUCCCAGUGUCACUCUGUCUAUGGUAUCGAGUCUCUGGUGCGCAGUCUGAACGAGGCUCUGCGGAUGAGCAACCUGGAAGUGCCGAAACAAGGUCUGCUGCUCCUUACUGAGACACUGGAAAGGCAGCCCACUAGCGUGCGUCUGUUCUCCGCUGGUCUAGAGUUUGUGGCGGUUUCGGAGGCUGUGGUAGCUGGAGUCUCAUGCUCCUGCCUGUUGGUAGCCACACAGGCUGCCAAAGCUGCCUCCGCCCUGUUCAGACUGAACCACCAGUCUACACCAGUCCAGUACAGGGAGAUUGAGGCACUGAUCAAGGCCAUCACUAACAGAUUCUCUGAGCUCUCCGUACCCUCUCCUGCUCAUCGUCGAAGCACUGGGAGACUGAAGAGGUCAGACCCCAGUGGCCAGGCUUCCAGGUCCGAAGGAUUUCUGCUCCGGGCCCUGGUUUGUUUUCAGGCUUCCUGCAGGUUGGCUGAGGAGUGUGCUUUAGAUCCUGUUCUCAAGGAGAACGCAUUCACAGCUCCAUCUAAACGCAGUCAUGCUCAAGAUUCACUGGAGUCUCUUUGUCAGUGUCUGCUUCACUGCUGUGACUCUGUCUGGAUACCCACCGUUACUACGAUGUGCGAUCGUGUACCGAACACUCAGAUGCUGCAGUUAUUCUACUCCAUCCUUUCAUCCCAGUUCGACCUCCUUCCGUCUCUCAUGCCUGUCUUUGCAAACAAGUUAGCAUCCUCUGGUUUCUACAGGCUGGCUCUGGAACACAAAGGCCUUCUCUGUGCAGGCAACAGGAACCCAAAUCUGAAUGCGUCUGUCUGUGGUUUUCUGCAGAAACUCAGUAUGUGUCUCCUUACCCAUUCAGACCCUGCUUUUGGAGACUCUCAGCAUGAUAUUGAGGAGGUGGAGAAUCUUCUGCUACACAACCUUCCCUCUCUGUGUUAUCGUCUGUCAGACUGGCCCUCUGCUCUGUGUGAGGCCCCAGGGCUCCAGAUGUGUGGAUAUAAAGGACCAAGAGCCACUCAGUACUGUCUGCUUAUAAUAUUACACCUUGCUCUGCAGCAAGGAGACAGGCUCCUCCCAGACCAGGCAGUGUUUUCCAGUGUGGUGUGGCUGUUGCAUUCAGUACAGGAGCAGAAUGACUGUGCUCUGCCUCGCUCUGUGCUCCGCUCUGCCCUCUACCUGCUGGCAGUGACACAAGACAAGAGCCUUGACCUCGACGGGGCUCAUUUCAAGUGCAUCAGUAAUGCACUUACCUCGUGCCCAAGCUUCUCUUCCCUCUACAUCCACCAUCCAGCUGUCCUCCACUUUAUCUGGCGCUAUCCAGAGCUUGCAGAGAAAUUCGGGUCCCUAGUCUUGGAACUUUGGUUGACCAAGGCGGUACAACACACAGAUGCAGAGCAGACCAUGGUGCAGGCAGACAUACAGGAGAAGGGAGAGAAAAGAGGCAGCAGUGCAGAUGAGAAGCAGGAGCACAAGCCAGACACAGAGACUGUGGAGCUACUGACUCUGCUAGAGAAGUACCCAGCUGUCAUACUGACUCUCCUGGACAUUGUUUGUAAUCGGGAGGCGCCCCUAUCAAUGCGAGCACUCAGGGUUCUGGAAGCCCUCUUGUGUGGCCGAAGAGACUAUGAGGCUGAUUUGUGCACCAGUCUUAGGCCAGCCUUGCUUCAGGCAUUACAGAGGCUCAAUAUGGAGAACAUGGGCCAUGGGUUAGGACACGGACAGACUGCACAGGCAGUGGACUCGCUCCCCCUGGUGCUUAAGCUGCUUUGCGUGACGCAGGCCAGUGACCCGCCUUCAUCUUCCUCCUACAGUAAGAUGGACGGAGUGCACUUCAAGCUGCUGUACCACGUGAGUAAUGUAGCAGGGAGGUUGAAGCCUACCGACACGGGGAGCCUGUUACCUGCCUUCAGCUACCUGUACUGCUGCCUGAGUUUGUCCCCUGCACACUGCACUGACAGAGCUGUCUCUAUGCUGCUCUCCAACAGUGGACUGAUGGACCAGAUGCAGACCGUACUCUCCUCCUCCUCUUCUGCUCCAUCUUUUUCUUCACCUGCCUCUCCUCCUUCAGCCCUGCUGUGCUGCAGCCAUCUACUCCUGUCCUCCCUCAUUACCUUGCAGCGCUUUCACUCCGCUCAGGUCCAUAAGAGCAUCAGUUGGAGUCUGGACACAGCUGUGCAGCGAAUCCUUGUUCAGAAAAGAAACACAGACAAUCUCUUGCUGGUCAGCUACCUGAGGUUGCUGCAGGCUCUACUUGAUGUUGACCUGGCAUCAGCGGUGGUGUGUGUGAGCAGCAGUCCUGGCUUGGUUGGGCCAACACCCUUGGGGACUGAAGAUGGCGCUUUGUACCCACUCGGCUCCAGAGGGUCCCGGUGCCUCUCAGCUGCUCUCAGUGGACUUCUUUUGCAGAAGCAUGAGUUGUUGCUGAGAGCCUCUGUCAACUGUCUAAGCUCCCUGCUGGGGUUCCUUCAGAGAAAGAGCCCCUCUACAGCAAAGUACGUGGUAUGUCAGCCAUGGAUUCGAUUCCUCCUCUCCUGCCUGCUCAGCUCAGGGGAGAGCUGCGUUCUGAACCCAGCCAUUCUUAGAGUCAUCACACUUCUCCUGCGGCACGGCAGUACGGCCGUGCUGUGGGAGCCUGACCUGCUCCAGGUGAUGGAGGCGGUGGAGAGGAGACAGCUGAAGGAGCUCAGCGAGGAAGCAGCACUAGCCCUGAGGCUGCUCCUCACACAGAUCCAGAGCAGUGUCCUGCAGCCGCCACCCUCAGAGGAGCACAUGCACAGAGUGAGGACUUUGAUGAGGUCUCUCAGCCUACAGACACCAGAGGAAAGCUGCAGCCCCAGUCUGCCCGGCAACAUCUUGUAUCCCUCACACUCUGUGCUGUACAAAACACACACUUUGACAUUAUGCAGGCACAUGCACUCUCACCCAUACACCAGCUACAGCUGCUUACGCUCUGCAAAAACCUCAAACGUGCCUCUGAUAGCGCCUCUCUGCCGACCCCUGCUGACCAUGCCGAGUGUGUAUGCCGUGGUCCUGGCACUCGCCGCUGCCGCCCUCAGCUCAGCAGACUCGGACACGCACAGGCCGAGACACGACUCCAACCUGGAGAUUUACAAGCGGCUGUUUGAGACCAAGAGGAAAGAUCAGCUGAACGCGCUCAAGAAUCUGGUGGAGCUGAAUGACAUCAAUCAGCAGUACAAGAUCAUAGAUAUCAUGCUCAAAGGGCUUUUCAAGGUGUUGGAGGACUCGAGACAAAUUCUGGUUGCGGCCAACAUGCAGCCUGACGACCCUUUCCCAAUGGACGAUAAGAUCAAAGAAGCUUAUUCCCAUGUGGUGGAGAAUACAGCAUUUUUUGGAGACGUGGCGUUGCGUUUCCCACGUAUUGUGCACCACUACUACGACCGGAACUCAGACUGGGGCGGCCUGCUGCGCUGGGGCCUGAAUUUCUGUAACCAGACAGGAGUUUUCACAGGAGGAGCCCACCAACAUGUCCUCACACUUAUGUCACAGGAGCUGGGAAUAACAGAGAAAUCCCCAGACUUUACAAACCCGUACCGUACAGAGAGAGACGAUGUGCUUCACACUGCUGAGGCUUUUCAGAAGAUUCUGAGGGAGGAGGAGAAGAGGAGGAGGAAAGAAGAGAAGAGGAAAGAAAUCAGGAAAGGCCCUCGCAUCUCCCGCUCCCGCACCGAGCUAUAGCGCCACACCUCAGUGCUUGUGGCGAACAGAGACCAAGAGGAUGGAGCAUACACACCGUCACCGAGGGGCGGCUUGACUUGUAGACUCCGAUGACAGUGAAGUACAAAAAGCCAGGUGCUCUGUUGAAAACAAGAAAGGAAAUCUCAAAGUGACACAAAAAUGUGAGGUGGAAGUUAGUCAGUUCCUGACAAAGGCCUGAGUCGCUGCACGGCUACAGUGGUUUAGAAUUGGAAAAUCUAACAUUGUAUAUGAGGUAAAAGAUGUCUCUGGGAACAGGAGUUGAUAAGGGAAACACAUUUUUGAUAACUUGAGGAUUACAUAACUGUACUUUUGAAUAUAAUUCAUUUUAGUAUAAUAAAUUUGCUUCAAACCUUUGCAGAA